CCCCGCACGCGCGGGCUCGUUGUGCUGAACGGCGCGAUCCAGACGUGUGCAGGCUUAUGAGCCCGGAAGGCGGCGCAGUCAGACGGGUGUGCUCUUGGUUCGCUGGACGACGCGCGCAGACUUGGUCCAGUUUUUUUUCCCGCUGCGCGGCCUUGAUCUACGAGACGACGCAGUCGGUGUAUUCCUUCCCGUCGGCCCCGUGGUCUCAGCACCACGUGAGGUGCACGACGGCACAGAGUACUCGCACCGUUGAGAGGUUUCGUUGGCACAUUUUGCUAUCUACUGCAACAGGCACUUUGCUCCCAAUCACUUCUGCAAAGGAGGUUGCAGCACAUACUUGACAGCUCCCCUGUGCACCAUGAGUGCACCGAGCAAUGCGCAAGGCAAAUCGUCUCAAUUGGCGGUCAAGGCAUCAGCAGUCACCACCAAACAUGGUGACGAGUCUCGGGACCAGAAGGGCGUCUUGUUUUCUACUCUUUCUCAGGCAAUCGGACCUCCCCCAGCCUCUGCACUGGCAGUACCACUUGACCGGAUUCACACUGGCAAAACGGCAAAGCAUUUGGUGGCUUCCGAGCCUGUUGAUCUGAGCAGCAAAGAUACUGCCGCAGCGCAGGAGCAAAAUGCCAUCACCUCGACUUCGCAUUCCAGCAAGAGGUCAAGUGGCAGCAAAGUGGAGUGCAAAGAUUGUGGGAGGUCGGUGUCUGAUUCCAGCGCAGCGCGAACGCACAUUGAGCAACAUCACCGGGGCAAGCGGCUGUCAGACUGCUUCCCAAGUGCGAGCACGAUGCUGUGUGGAGAGGAAGACUGCACUUUCGAGUGGUUUGCAAGAUCUGCCGCCCCCUUUGCUACGCAUUGCGCUACCGCGCACGAUUGCAUGGACGGUGGCGUAGCAGCUUUUGGCAAAGUUUACGAGCCGUGCAAGCAGUGUCUCCGGUGCUUUGGCUGCUUCAAGAACUCGGCGGCCCUGCGUAAGCACAAAUCGCGCGCAAAGUGCACGCCUUACAAACCUCCCCUAGUGCCAUACCGCCCAAAGCCGGCUAGAGACAAGCCCAUAGCAAACCCCAAGCCUGUAGAG